AUGCAGACGCCCUUCCUUGUCGUGAUCGCGCUCUUCGCGCUCUGGGUUGUCAAGACCUAUGUCGAAUGGCGCAAGGUUAAGGAUUCGCUCCGGAACUAUCCCGGCUUGCGCUACCUCAUUGGAUACGCGUCCUGGCUCAUUGCGGGCCGCAUUCCUUACCUUGCCGCGGGUAACAUGAGCGGGUGGCGCCAGAAGCACCAGGACUUUGUCGAUUUUGACUCGGAUAUUAUCUCCUCGAUCAGGGUCCUUCCUAAGCCGGGUGCAUCCCUGCUUCUUGCAGAUGCUGAAGCUAUAAAGGCUGUCACGAGCGAUAGAACACGCUUUCCCAAACCUCUCGCUCAGUACAAGAUCCUCACUUUCUUUGGGAGUAACAUCGUAGUCACGGAGGCCGACGAAUGGAAGCGGCACAGGAAGAUAAGUGCUCCGUCGUUCUCCGAGCGCAACAACCGCCUGGUAUGGGACGAGUCGAUGAAUAUCGUCAAGGAGCUCUCCGAAGUCGUGUGGCUCGGCAAGGAUGAGGUCGCCAUUGAUAACAUUGUCGACCUUACUGUGCCCAUGGCCCUUUUCGUGAUUGGCGUUGCCGGCUUUGGCCGACGCAUGUCGUGGAUUGAGGAUUUCACUGUCCCAGCCGGGCACGCGAUGCCAUUUAAGGCAGGUAUAGACGCCUUGCACAUUGUUUCGAACGAUCUAUGGCUCAAAGUUGUUCUACCCUCAUGGCUGCUCAAAUGGGGCCCCAUUGAGCGAAUACGUCGGUUUCGGACGGCAUAUGAUGAUCUUGAGAGAUAUAUGAUCGAGAUGAUUCGCGCACGGAAGACGCAGGAGAAGAAAGAGGAGCGGUAUGAUUUAUUCAGCAGCUUGCUGGAUGCGAAUGAGGACGAGUCGGAUGGGACAAUCAAGUUGAGUGAUAGCGAGCUUAUGGGCAACAUUUUUAUUUAUUUGAUUGCCGGACACGAAACCACCGCACAUACGCUAGCGUAUACAUUCAUUAUGCUCGCGCUGCACCAAGAGGAGCAGGAGACGCUCUACCAGCACAUCCAAAGCGUCGUUCCUGAAGAUGUAAUACCGUCAUACGAGGAGAUGGGCAAGCUGACGUACCCGAUGGCCGUGUUCCUUGAGACAUUGAGGAUGUUCCCUCCUGUGAACGCCAUCCCCAAAAAAUCCGCCGAGGACACGACGCUGGUAACGCGCAACAUGGCCGGUGAGCCGCGCACCGUGCCGUGUCCCGCGGGCAUGGGCCUCGUCAUCCAUACUCCCGGGUUGCACUAUAAUCCGCGCUAUUGGGAAGAUCCUUUUACUUUCAAGCCGUCGCGGUUCUUGGCGCCUGACUGGCCGCGUGAUGCGUUCUUGCCAUUCAGUGGCGGGGCGCGGUCGUGUCUCGGGCGGAGGUUCUCAGAGACGGAGGGCGUGGCGAUUUUGACGUACAUGAUUAAGCACUUCCGCGUGGACGUGCGGGAUGAACCCCAGUUUGCGCACGAGACGUUCCAGCAGCGCAAGGCGAGGCUACUGAAUUCGAAGGCGGCGAUUACUCUCUACCCGGUGAAGGCGCCGCUUGUGUUCAAGCGAAGGUGA